AUGGCAGACACCAUGGCAGGCCGCAUCGCCUCUAUGCGUGCGCAGCUCCCAGAGCUCCAAUCCGCGCUGCAUGCCUUCACUUCCUCGUCGUCUGCAUUUCGCAUUGUUCGGACAAUCAACCCCGCUGCCAGCACCCCGCAGCCUCCAAAAACGCUGUACAUACUAGAUUCUUCCUUCAACCCACCCUCUGUUGCCCACCAAGCCCUUGCGACAUCUGCUGUUACCCGACCUGUAAUCCGAGAUCCCGGCCCUCACCGGAUACUCCUUCUCUUCAGCACGCAUAAUGCGGACAAGGCGCCCGCCCCUGCGAGUUUCGAACACCGCCUUGCCAUGAUGACACUUUUCGCCGAGGACCUUUCUGCAAGCCUAUCGAACACAGCGUCCGCUUUCCCAUCUCGCUCUGAUGUAGCGAUCGACAUCGGCCUGACCAAAAAGCCGUACUACACCGACAAGUCUAUUGCAAUCACCACAUCUCAACCGAAUCCAUACCCCAGUAACCCCACCCAUGUACAUCUCAUUGGCUACGACACCGUGACCCGGUUCCUCGCGUCAAAGUACUACCCUGAUCACUCGCCUCCGCUCUCAGCACUGGCGCCCUACUUCGACCCUGGCCACAAGAUCCUGGCUACUCUACGCCCGUCCGACCCGAACGAUUCGAGCUCUCAGGAAUUCGGUACGACAGAACAACAGAUUGCAUACAUCGAAGGACUGGCCCAAGGAUCGCUGGCGGCGGAAGGAUUCAAGCCGGAAUGGGCUGGACAAGUGGACUAUCUCGUUGGUCAGGAAGGUAUCGGUGUGAGUUCCACACGGAUUCGCAAGGCAGCCAAAGCACACAGCUGGGACGAGCUCCAGAACCUUUGCACACCUGGUGUUGCGGCCUGGGUCGAGAACCAGCAUCUGUAUGAGGAGAACGCUAAAGACGCGAAAAUGGCUUGA